AUGGCUGACGGGGAAGAGGACUUCUCCUCUCUGCCGCUAACCGACCGGUUCACCCACAAGAACUGGAAAGUGCGCAAGGAGGGCUAUGAGGACGCCAAAGCACAGUUCGAAAAGUCUCCCGAUGAAUCAGACCCGGUAUUUGCGCCAUUCCUGCAAGAUCCCGGGUUGUGGAAGGGAGCAGUCGCAGACUCCAAUGUCGCCGCGCAAGUGGAGGGUAUGGGGUCAUACUGCGCGUUCUUGAAGUUUGGUGGAGUCCAGGCAUGCACAAGGACCCGAUCCAUGACCGUUGGCCCGAUCGCGGAAAAGGGUCUUCCCUGCGCCAGACCAGCUGGCAAGGCCAGUGCCCAGGAAGCCCUCCUAUUAUGCAUCGAACUCGAUAGAGCCGACCACGUACUCGAGGAUAUAUUGCCUACCCUGAGCCACAAAGUCCCCAAAGUCGUUGCUGGUGCUCUCGCGGCGUUAACUACCAUCUACCAUAACUUUGGAUGCAAGAUUGUGGACCCGAAACCGACACUGAAGGCGCUCACGAAGGUAUUCGGCCACGCAGACAAGAACGUCCGAGCCGAAGCACAGAACUUGACGGUGGAAUUAUAUCGAUGGCUGCGGGAGGCGAUUAAGCCUCUCUUCUGGGCCGACCUAAAGCCGGUACAACAGCAGGAUCUGGAGAAGCUUUUCGAGGUCGUCCAGCAAGAGCCCUCGCCCAAGCAAGAACGGUUCACCCGAGCCCAGCAGGAUGCUAUGGCUGCAGCCAGUGCCGCCCCGGGAGGCGGCGAUGGAGCAGACGACCAUGGUGGUGAUGAAUUCGCCGAGGAGGAAACAGAAGAGGUGGAAGUGUUUGAUCUGGCCGAGCCCGUCGACGUCAUGCCUAAAGUUCCCAAGGACCUCCAAGACCAGCUCGGUUCAUCGAAAUGGAAAGACAGAAAGGAAGCAUUGGACGCUCUCUAUAAUGCCAUUAACGUGCCUCGGAUCAAGGAUGGUCCAUACGAUGACAUUGUGAGAGGUCUAGCUAAGUGCAUGAAAGAUGCCAACAUUGCAGUCGUUACGGUGGCCGCCAACUGUGUCGAUCUGUUAGCAAAGGGCUUGCGCAAUGGCUUCAUGAAGUAUCGAUCUACGAUUCUGGUACCUAUGCUGGAGCGUCUGAAGGAGAAGAAGCAGUCUGUGGCAGAUGCGCUGGGUCAGGCACUGGAUGCGGUGUUCUUGUCAACAAACCUCUCAGACUGUCUGGAGGAAAUUCUAGAAUAUCUCAAGCACAAGAACCCGCAGGUGAAGCAGGAGACUGUCAAGUUCCUGAUUCGCUGCCUUCGCACGACUCGCACUGUACCAGCCAAGCCGGAGAUCAAGUCAAUCGCCGAUGCAGGCACAAAAUUGCUGACAGAAUCCACGGAAGCUAUCCGAUCAGGCGGUGCUGAGAUUUUGGGUACACUGAUGAAGAUCUUGGGCGAACGGGCCAUGAACCCUUACCUUGAUGGACUGGACGAGAUUCGAAAGACCAAAAUCAAGGAGUACUUUGAGACAGCGGAGGUGAAGGCCAAGGAACGACCAAAGCCGAUCAUGGCUCCCCCCAAGCCCGCUGCUCCCGCUGGCAGGAAGGUUGUUCCCGGGAAAAAGCCCGCACCGGGGUUGAAGAAACCAGCCCCAGCCGCCGCAGAAGCUCCAGUCAAGGCAGCUCCCAAGGCAAUUCCCUCCAAGCUUGGAAAACCCGGCCUUGCUCCUCCGGGGGCGGGGCUUAAGCUUCAGCGCAAGCUCGCCGGUCCUGGAGGCACGAGUUCGCCGCAGCGAAGAAUCGCCUCUCCGCCGUCAGAAGAAGCAGCACCUGCACCCAAAUUUGGCCUUGGACGCGGUCUUGCUGGCCGUCCCAUUGCGAAGCCUGCAGCACCUGUCGAGCCAGCUCCGGUUCCGGCUCCUCCAGCUAUGAAUGCGAUGUCUGCAGCAGACCGUGCCGAGUUGGAGGAGCUUCGAGCGGAGAAAGACAGGUUCACUCGGAUAAGCGAAGAGAUGAAAUCUGAACGCUCCAGGUUCAACUCGCAGAUUACAGAGCUACAGAACCAGAACGCACAGUUGAUUGAGGAUCAUACCAGAGACGUUUUGAGCAUCAAGGCUAAGGAGACACAGUUGGUCCGGGCGCGAAGUGACGCUGAAGCUGCCGAGCAAAAUGUUCAAAAGCAACAGCGUGAGAUCGAACGGUUGAAGCGCGAGUUAGCACGAGCUCUCCGCGCAUCCGCGAUGAGCCCGCCCAACGCGGGAUCCGAAGCCGGCAGCCUGGGCAUUCCAGAGACCACCUCUAUCUACCAAGAAUCUGCCGGCAAUGGACACGCUGCCCGAUCGGGUCUCCAUAUGGGAUCUCGCUUUGAAAGUACGCGCCCACGGAGCUAUGCCUCGGCCAGCCCAAGUGAGGAGAAGGAAAACAAUGGGCUAGAGUCACCAGGAGGACGGGAGGGUGGCCUGGGCCUGGGCCGACGCAAGCUGAGCCCUACCUACGGACUUUCUGGUAUUGGAAGCCCAACACGCUCAUCUCGGGGUUCGUUGCACGCAACUGAGGAUGAGGCAGCGCCUCGGUCCGCAGAGCCUGCCGAAAACUGGAAGCGUGCUGCGGAAGUGACCAGCCAGCUGAAGGCGAGAAUCGAACAGAUGAAAGCUCGACAAGGACUCUCACGACCCCCUGCACCACGUUAA